UCUCUCUCUCUCUCUCUCUCUCUCCGUGUUUUCAAUUAGACCACCUUGUGAUAACANGAGGAAAAAAAAAUAAAAAAUCAAAAUAUCUCCAAGCCAAAAGAAAUGGGAAGAUCCCCUUGCUGCUCAAAAGUAGGGUUGAGGAGAGGGCCAUGGUCUACCAAAGAAGAUAAUCUCCUCUCCAACUUCAUCCUCCAAAAUGGCGAGGGCCAAUGGCGAUCUCUCCCCAAAAAAGCUGGGCUUUUGAGGUGCGGGAAGAGCUGCCGGCUCCGGUGGAUGAACUACCUCCGGCCGGGGAUAAAGAGGGGAAACAUCAGCGAGGACGAGGAGGACCUUAUCGUGCGCCUCCACGGCCUCCUCGGCAACCGGUGGUCCUUGAUUGCGGGCCGCCUGCCAGGUCGAACCGACAAUGAGAUCAAAAACUACUGGAACACCCAUCUCCUCAAGAAGCUCCAAACCGCCGGGAUCCGGCCCAAAUCCCACCCCGACCCGGCCCGGAGUCCCCCCGACGACAACGACGACGGCGGCAAGAAGGAGAAGAGGAAGAGGAAGAAGAAACAGAGGAAGGCGGAAGCCGGCCCGGCCCGAAACGCGGAAGCCGGACCGGCCCGAAACGCAGAGGCCGGCGAGCAUGGGGAGAGGACGAAGGUGUACCUGCCGAAACCGAUCAGGGUCUCGCCGGCGUUCUCGAGGUCGAACAGCUACGACAGCCUGGCGAGCGGCGGGUCGAGCGGGGCGGCGGCGGAGGUGGCGUCGUGCGUACCGUGGGCACCGAUUCUCGAGCUGGAGGAGGGGUUCGGCGGAGGGGCGGCGGCGGGGUGCUUUCUGACGCUGCUGCAGAAACCGCCGGAGUCGGUCUCCGGCGACGUUGGUGGGUUGGAGCAGGUGUACUACGACGAGUACCUGCAGCUCCUAAUUGAUAAUAUAUAA